CACAUGCAAACAACAAAUUAAUUGUGCACGCGUGUAGAACUGCUUGGAGGGCAAUGGUUCUCUUCACAAACUCCAUCGCCUACGAUGCGCUGGCGUUCUUCGUGACGCUGACAGUUGUCGUCUACGCCUACUUUAAAUGGAAGUACCAGUACUGGAAGAGGAAAGGUAUCCCAUAUUUCGUGCCCAAAAUACCGUUCGGGAACAUUCCAAACCCACUGACAAGCCAAUUGAGCAUAGGAGAGCAUAUUGCUUUGUUGUACAAAGAAGCCAAGGCGAGAGGUUGGAAGGGCUGCGGGUUCUAUACAAUGGCUGUUCCAAUAUAUAUGGUGCUUGACUUGGAUUUGGUGAAAAACAUAAUGACAAAAGAUUUCAACAAUUUUAUGGACAGAGGCAUAUAUUUUAACGAAAAGGCAGAUCCAUUAAGUGUACAUCUACUUGCCAUAACUGGAAUGAAAUGGAAGAACUUGAGGGCCAAACUGACGCCGACUUUCACGUCGGGGAAGAUGAGGAUGAUGUUCCAGACAAUGGCAGACUGUGGCGUAAUCCUGGAAAAGUAUAUCAAGGACGAAGUUGCGGGAAAGCAAGCUGUGGACAUUAAGGAUAUUUUGGAGCUGCUUAUUGUGGCACGUAAGUUUUUAUAUUCACCUAGAUUAGUUCAAUGGGGUUCAGCUCACAGUGGCAUGAUGGCAAGAAAAAUAACAUCCACUUCAGAUUUUAUGUAUCUGGAACUGUUGCAUAUAUGUGAGGAGACUCACUUCAAGCGUUUUUUAGCACCUUAUCUUGUAGUAACGACAUUUCCUUCUAGGUUCUCUACGGACAUCAUCGGUUCAUGCGCGUUUGGCCUGGAUUGCAACAGCUUCGAACAACCCAAUUCUUCUUUCAGGGUCUACGGGAAGAAGGUCUUGGAGACCUCCACAUUGGAACUGAUGAAAGAGGCCUUCUGCAUCAGCUUCCCCAAAGCUGCUAGAGCCCUUUCUCUCCGUGUGUUCAGGAAGGAAGUGUGCGAUUUCUACACAUCGGUCGUGCAAGACACCAUCUCGUACAGGGAGAAGAACAGCGUCAAGCGCAACGACUUCAUGCAGCUGCUCCUCGAGAUGAAGGCCAAAGAUGACAAUGCUACAGAAAACGGCAACACCCUGACUAUGCCUGAGAUAAUAGCGCAAAGCUUCGUCUUCUUCAUAGCUGGAUUCGAGACCAGCUCCACUACCAUGACCUUCGCCCUUUUUGAAUUGGCGAGGAACACCGCCACCCAGGACAAAGUAAGAGAAGAAAUCCGCACAGUCCUGGCGAAACACGACGAUAAAGUCACUUACGACUCGAUGAACGAGUUGGUUUAUAUGAAACAAGUCAUCGAUG